UUUGAUCAUCACUUGAUCAUUUCUUUAGCGGUAUUGGCUUCCGGUUUGGUUUGCUAGGGAACCAGGUAGAAGUAAAGAACAGUGUAAAAAAGUUUGAUGAUGAAGAUUUUGUAUAGAUAAAGCUCAUUUUUUAACUCUCUGGGUAUCUUCCGUUUUCUUUAAUGACCUGAAAAUUGGCUGGAGUUAUGCUGCAAAGUAUGCCUUUUUUUUCAAUUAAUGAUGAAUGGAUAGUAAUCUGAUUAUUCUCUCUCUUUCCCUUUUGUUUUGUUGAUUCAAUUGUUUUGCAGUGAAUAAAGUUCAGUUCUCUUUGCGCGUGUCCUGUUUACUUCUCCAAUCCUCCAUGCUGAACCCCCCCCCCCAUUUUAUUUGAUUCCAAGUUGACCUAUUUAUUCAAUAAUGUACCAAAUCUUUACCUAAAUGGACGUUAAGCUGUGGCACGAUAAAUGCGAGAGGGAAAUGUAUGUAUUUUUCAUGGAGCUAUAUGCCACUCCCGAAGUAACAGAGGAGCUUGAGAAAGCUUAUGUGAGGGAUGCUAUUUUCUCAUCAUCUGAAUACGCAACUGAGUGCCUAAAGCUUAUCGCCCAUUUUGAAACCUCAGCUUCUACGCUCAAAGGCACUAUCCCUAGCAUUCAUUGCUUUGCAUAUACAUCUAAAAUGGACUGCCCAUGUGCUAUAAAUCAUCUGGUCACCUAUGGGGUGGUCGUCAUUGUAGAUUCUCGAGCUUCUGCCGCUUCAUCUGCUUUUACCUCUACUCCAGUUCUGCUACCUGAUUUCUAAGGGAAGAAAAAGAUGACGCCGACUGGGUUCAUGGUUGUCGAAGAUGGAGGCAAUAGAAGAGCUUGGCAGCUCCUUGACUUGAAAUCUUCAUAUAAUUCAUCCAUGUUAGCUUUGCCUAUUCCUGGUACUUGGAAGCGAUCCAAUACACAGUUUUUUUUUCUUUUGGUUUAGCUCUAUGCUCACUGAUAAUUCCCAGUGAUAUCGUAAUGGAUUAUUAAGCUGAUAACAGCGUAUACAUCUUGGCAAUGAUCUGAUUUUUAAGUUAAA